UCUGCUAUGGUGGAGACAUGGUCAGAGGAGCUGGUCGAUCAAGUACGUUAUUCCUAUUUCACCGGCGGUACAGAGGUGGCCUACACUGUCUUCAAUGGCCGUGGGUCCGACAAAUCGUCAUGGUUUUCAGAUCCAAACAUCAUCUACUCCAAAUACACGGACAUUAGCAAGAGCAAGGUCGCGUGCGGCAUUGACGGGGACACCAACCGGAAGUUCACCAUACAUCACGUAUAUAAUGGUUGCCCUAAUGACGAUAUUUGGAUGCAGAUCCUUGACAAACGGGGUGGUGGCGCACCCUGCUCCUGGGAUCAGAAUGUUCAAACGCGCCCUUAUUUCCUCUACAGUGCUGGAACUACGGUCGCCCGGGCAGAGUUAGGAGGCAACUGGAACAGCGCCGGAUUCCCAGCAGCUGAAACCAUGGGCAUCUUCAUUACAGGCUGGACACCGGUUAUGAAGUUAGCACACGGGCAGGGUAUUGGAGGAGGAGCGACCGAUGUACGAGACUUAUGGAAAGGCACUUACACGGUUAACGAGGGAGACGCUGACGCUAUGUCCAUAGCGUCAGGAACUAAAUCCUACAAGUCAUCAAUAGUCGACAGCUGGUCCGAUUACUACAUCAGCGCAGUUCGCGUGUCUUUUGUGACUGGUGGCAAAGAGAAGGCAUUCGCUGUAUUUGAUGCUCAUGGUGCGGACAAGAACAGCUGGUUCACCAAAGCCAGAGUACUGUACUCGUCAUGGAAUGACCUGGGCCCAACUUCGACCACAAACUAUGAUUCUAUUGAUGGGCAUCAGCCUCACGGGCGUGAUUUCUACAUGAACCGAAAUUAUGGCGGAUGCCAAAGUGAUGCAGGAUGGUUCAUUGUAUCGGAAGUUGCAAGCUAUGCCUGCAGUUGGGAAACGAAAAGCAACAUUAAACCAUAUUACUUGUACAGUGAUGCAGCCGGAUAUGAGCUAUCAGAUAAUCAAGUAUUGGCUGAUGUGUUUGUAAUCUCGGUUUCGAUGGAUAUGUGCAAUCCAAAUCGGUGUGGCAACGGCGCUACCUGCAUUGACCUGGGGACUACCUAUGAGUGCGCAUGUGCUGGAAAUUACUUUGGAAAUAAUUGCCAAAACUUGAAUGGUGGGUUUUCAAGCUGGAGUUCAUAUGGAUCAUGCACGACGACAUGCGGAUCCGGAAGUAAGACCAGAACGAGGACUUGCAACAAUCCAUCUCCCUUUGGAUCUGGAGCUUCCUGUGCCGGAAGUACCACAGAAACCGCUUCAUGUAACGUCCAAUCUUGUGCAAUCGAUGGUGGUUGGUCCUCGUGGAGUGGCUGGGGAUCUUGUACGACUACGUGUGGAGGCGGAACUCAACAGAAAACCAGAACCUGUAACAAUCCUUCAAGACAACAUGGCGGCGCUGACUGUCCCAACAACCCGUCUUCUGCAACAGCCACUCAGGCCUGUAACACGGCAAGUUGUCCAAUUGACGGAGGAUGGAGUUCAUGGAGCGGUUGGGGCACUUGUUCUGUGACCUGUGGGGGUGGUACACAACAGAAAACUCGUUCAUGUACCAACCCAGCCAGACAGUACGGAGGGGCAGACUGUCCAAAUAGCGCCACCGCUUCCCAGUCAUGUAAUACACACGAUUGUCCAAUUGACGGAGGCUGGGCAUCAUGGAGUAGCUGGGACACGUGUUCUGUCACGUGUGGCGGUGGUUCACAGGGUAGGACUCGUACGUGUACAAACCCGGUUAAACAGUAUGGCGGAGCAGACUGUCCAAAUUCAGCCGCGGAAACACAGGCAUGCGGCACAAUCAACUGUCCAAUUGACGGUGGAUGGGGUAACUGGUUGUCAUGGGCGACUUGCUCGGUGACCUGUGGGGGUGGAGUCCAGAGUCGGACCCGGAACUGCGAUAGCCCAUCCGCUCAGUACAACGGGGCCCAAUGUGGGGGCACCAACACCGAAAGUCAAACAUGCAACAGUCAAGCGUGCAUCACCAAUGGCGGAUGGAGUAAUUGGUCUGCUUAUGGAGCUUGUACUAAAACGUGUGGGUCGGGAGUCUACUCCCGUUCAAGGGCGUGUGAUAACCCUCUUCCUUCCAAUGGUGGACAGACCUGUUCUGGAUCUUCCAGUGAAUUCACCGACUGCAACACCCAAUCGUGCCCUGCUCCGCAAGCAGGAGUUUACCAACAGCUUUGUCCUUCUAACUGGUUCACAUGUGAAUCAGGGGGGAUGACAUGUAUUAUGUUAAGCAUGAAGUGCGACUGUUCUAAUGACUGCGAUGACGGAAGUGACGAAACAACCGGGUACGCCGGAUGUGACGCAGAACUUAUGGCCAUGUGCGAAUCUGGAGCAGAACAUGUUUUUGCCUCCAUCACGUUGUUGGUCGUGAGUCUGGUCUUUGCUGCUAUAUUCAAGAACAUGUAAACAUCCCGACCUGUCCCUCACAAUUCAAAGCAAUCUGGUUCUUAACUGAUUAUUUGUUAAAUACUGUAUAUAUGAAAAGUUUGGCACAAAAUGGAAGAUUUCUUUUUAUGUACGUUUGAAAUAGAUGUUUUUAUUUUCCAUGUGAUGUAUUCUGUUGUUGUAAAUCUCCAUGCCUAUUGAUAUUGCAGCGAUAACAUUGCAGCCGCGUAAAUCCCGAAACUUAAGUUCAGCCUAUCAAAUGUUGCUCGUGAACAUUAAUUGAAGUGCCAAAAAUAAUUUAGUCUCUAUUUCACAUUGUUUUAAAUAUUCAUUUGUAAUUGUAUGACAAAUUGUCACAAAUUUGUUACACAAAUUUCACAUAAUAUAUAUAUAUAUUUAUAUAUAUAUUAAUCUUAAUCUUUCCAUUGAUCAUUAUUUUAUUCAUAGGUUUAUGAUUGUUUCAGUAAAAUUUAAACGAUGCUUACAUUACAAAUCGUGUGACUGAUUUGUUUUACUUGGCAAAAAUAUAAAUUCAUAAAUAAAAACCAGAAAACUUCAUUGUCUUCUCGAAAUUCUUUUUAACUUUCUAAUAAAGAGGUGUUAUUCAUCAGGUCAACUGUGCUGUUGUCAUUCAUACAAGUGUUGGCGCUGUGACAUUGACACACGCUCCUCAGCUAUAGUUAUUUACUUUUUAUAUAAAGAUGUGAACGAAAUAUCUCAUUCACAGCACAUCCUUUGAAACAUGCUUAUUGCCAAACAAACGAGUAAUAGUUUACUAUAGCA